AGCUGAGGCAGCGCUGUCGGCGCGACGCGUUGAAUAUAGUCGCGUGUAACCGUAAAGAUAAGUUCAGUCGCGUCACAGACGCCGCAUUGUUAACAACUGUAGCCCAAACAGCCACCGCUCACGGAAAAGCCAACACAAAAUAUAGAACUCAAUCGAGGCGAGCUCGGUGGUUCUGAAUUUCCGAUCUUAAGUCAGCCAACUAAGACUAUAGUCCACACAAGUAUAUAGAAAUCGCGUUCAGUACAUAAGAAACACAAAGCUAACGCAGGUGUGAGUGCUCAAGAGUUAAACAAUUGCAACAAGUUGUCGUUCUUUAUCGAUUGUGCAUUCGUUCUAUGCGGAAACGGAAGCCGGUCGACAACGCGGCGUAUGCGUAAUAACUUCCAACGGUUGACAACACGGCGUAUACUUUACCUGUAUCUUUCUUAAGCGAACAAUGCAUAUAUUUCGGUGUUUACUCUAUCUUAACCCGCGAAUGUGCAUUAAAUAAAUCUAUAGAAAUUCAAAUUUCGUUUUACUUCUGAGAGACAAGACACAGAUAUUUUUGAACUGAAAGUUUUGCUAACAUUUAAUGAGCACGUGAGCUGAAGAACAGUAGUAAUUGUUUUUGUGCUGCCCGUUGCGCGCGUGUGUGUAUCAGUGUGUAAAGUGUAAGCAACGUCCUUGUGCCUCCCACUACUGCAACUACCACAACCGAAUAUAUAUAGAGACCCCAGUUGAUAUAGUAUAGCGUGCGUAAGUCGUUACGUCGCUCACAUCGUCACUUGGCCACUGCGCAAUCGCCGGAAAAAAGGAAAGGAAAAAAAGGGAGAAGUAAAAAAGAAAGGAGGCAAGUUCAAGUCUAAGGACACACAACAAAAACAACAGUCGGGCAAGGACAGGAAAAUGAAGCCCGAUUAUAACUACUGCAAUCAGAGCUACUGCGACAAAAGCUUCGGUCACAACCAAGGAAAUUGAGGCAAAAUCGCAGCCCAACUCGGAACAGUCGUGCUGGAUCACCAGCGCCGCUCGGGGCGCCAAACAGGUGCCUAUUUAGAAACCAUAUAGUGUGUGAUCUGUGUUGUCCCGUCCCGUGUGCGUUUUAUGUUUGUGUCCCAUCAUCACCAUCCACAUCAUUGUUAAUUUUGGGUUCUUUAACGGAGAGUCGUGGUCUAUGAUGCGCGAUCGGCUUGCCUCGCUGAUUGUGGUGAAGCAAGAGGGCGGCAGCAACACGAGCAUUAGCCACCACCAGGCAACGGCCAUCAAGUGCGAGGCCGCACUGUACACUCACUGCGAGAGCAGUUUGUUGCAGGAGAUCAACAACAACUCCUGCUACAGACAGAACCUCAAUGCCCCGACACACCAGCAGCAGGCACACACAUCACACCUGCAACACGCACAGCAGCACCAAACACACCAGCAACAUCCCCUCUUGCCGCCGCCUCUGCCGACUUUGCCUUUGAUUUACCCCUGCCGCAACCUCUUCCCCGACGGUUGCGAUAUCAAUCACCUGGCCUGCUGCAGUUCCUCCAACUCCAACUCCAACUGCAACUCAGACUCGAACUCCACCUCCAGCUCACCCGGCAACAGCCACUUUUUUGCCAAUGGAAACACAUGUGCAGCGGCACUAACACCAGCACCGCCAGCCACUGAGCCGAGGAAAAUAAAACCACUCGGCGCGGGCAAAUUGAAAGUCGGGAAAACUGACAGCAACAGCGACAGCAACAGCAACAGCGACAGCCGAGCAGCAGCAGCUACCAGCACAGCUGCCACAUCCGCGACAGCGACGACACUUGCCGCAACAGCAGCAGCAGCAGCAGCAGAAGCGGGAGGAGCAGCAUCAGCAGCAUCAGCAGCAGCAGCCAAAAUCAGCCAAGUGAGGCUUACUAACCAAGCCACAACAAGCAUGUUACUUCUGCAACCCAAUAGCUCCUUUAGUUCAUUGUCGCCCUUCGAUAACUUUUCCACGCAAACCGCCUCGACGACCACCACGACGUCGGCAUCGGCAGCUGGACACCACCAACACCAUAACCACCUCCUCCAUCAGCAGCAUCACAACCAGCAGCAGCAGCAGCAACAGCAGCAGCAACAGCAGCAGCAGCACGAACAUCUGCAACAGCAACACCAGCAACACCUUGUGAAUCCCCAGCAACACCUGCUUAAGUCGGAGACGCUGCUCUCCCAUGAGGAGGAUCAGUUGAUCAGCAACCUGACAGACUCGUCUGUCGUGUCGCACAGCGAACUCUUCUCGGAUCUCUUCUUCCCUUCGGACUCCAACAACUCCCUGCUCUCGCCCACCACCAGCGGCUAUCCGGACAAUCCCGCCGAGGAUCUGACCAGCUCCAUUGAGAACCUCACCAAGUUGACGUGCCUGCGGGACAAGCGACUGUCCUCGAUCCCCGAGCAGCAGCUCAGUUCCGAGCAGGAGCAGCAGCUCUGCCUGCUCAGCCUGCGUUCCAGCAGCGAUCCGGCUAUAGCAUUGCACGCACAGCAGCAACAGCAGCAGCAGCAACAACAGCAGCAGCAACAACAGCAGCAGCAGCACCAGCAGCAGCAACACCUUCAACUCCAGCUGAUCUCGCCCAUCGGAGGGCCCCUGUCCUGUGGCAGCAGCUUGCCCAGCUUCCAGGAGACCUACUCCUUGAAGUACAACAGCAGCAGCGGGAGCAGCCCCCAGCAGGCGUCCUCCUCCUCCACCGCCGCACCCACGCCCACUGACCAGGUGCUGACCCUCAAGAUGGACGAGGACUGCUUCCCGCCGCUGUCGGGCGGGUGGAGUGCCAGUCCACCCGCCCCCUCCCAGCUCCAGCAGCUGCACACUCUGCAGUCCCAGGCCCAGAUGUCGCACCACGGCAGCAGCAGCAACAACAGCAGCAACAACGCGGGCAACAGCCACAACAACAGUGGGGGCUACAACUACCACGGCCACUUCAAUGCCAUCAAUGCCAGCGCCAAUCUGUCGCCCAGCUCCUCGGCCAGUUCCCUCUACGAAUAUAAUGGUGUCUCCGCAGCGGACAACUUCUACGGACAGCAGCAGCAGCAACAGCAGAGCUACCAGCAACAUAACUACAACUCGCACAAUGGCGAGCGUUACUCGCUGCCCACGUUCCCCACGAUUUCGGAGCUGGCUGCGGCCACCGCGGCUGUGGAAGCUGCUGCGGCGGCCACCAUCUCCUCCCCUUCGGUGGGCGGUCCGCCGCCAGUACGCCGAGCAUCGCUGCCGGUUCAGCGAACCAUUUCGCCAUCCGGCUCCACGGCGCAGAGCCCCAAGCUGGCCAAGAUCACGCUGGGCCAGCGGCACUCCCAUGCCCAUGCCCUACAGCUUAACUCGGCGCCCAAUUCGGCGGCCAGUUCGCCGGCGAGUGUGGAUCUCCAGGCGGGCCGCCUGCUCCAGGCUCCGUCACAGCUGUGUGCCGUUUGUGGCGACACCGCCGCCUGUCAGCAUUAUGGAGUGCGAACCUGCGAGGGAUGCAAGGGAUUCUUCAAGCGGACCGUGCAGAAGGGCUCCAAGUACGUCUGCCUGGCGGACAAGAAUUGCCCGGUGGAUAAGAGACGCCGCAACCGUUGCCAGUUCUGUCGGUUCCAGAAGUGCCUGGUCGUAGGCAUGGUCAAGGAAGUGGUGCGCACGGACUCGUUGAAGGGUCGCCGGGGAAGACUGCCCUCAAAACCGAAAUCGCCCCAGGAGUCGCCGCCAUCGCCACCCAUCUCGUUGAUCACGGCCCUGGUGCGCAGCCAUGUGGACACGACUCCGGAUCCCUCGUGCCUGGACUACAGCCACUACGAGGAGCAGUCGAUGAGCGAGGCGGAUAAGGUGCAACAGUUCUACCAGCUGCUGACCAGCUCCGUGGACGUGAUCAAGCAGUUCGCCGAGAAGAUUCCCGGCUACUUCGAUCUCCUGCCGGAGGAUCAGGAGCUGCUCUUCCAGAGCGCUUCGCUGGAACUGUUCGUCCUCCGGCUGGCCUAUCGCGCCAGGAUCGAUGACACCAAGCUGAUCUUCUGCAACGGCACCGUGCUCCACCGCACCCAGUGCCUGCGCUCCUUCGGCGAGUGGCUAAACGACAUCAUGGAGUUCAGCCGCAGCCUGCACAACCUGGAGAUCGACAUCUCCGCCUUCGCCUGCCUCUGUGCCCUCACCCUGAUCACAGAACGCCAUGGCCUGCGGGAGCCGAAGAAGGUGGAGCAGCUCCAGAUGAAGAUCAUUGGCAGUCUGCGUGACCACGUCACCUACAACGCCGAGGCCCAGAAGAAGCAGCACUACUUCAGCCGCCUGCUGGGCAAGCUGCCGGAGCUGAGAUCCCUGAGCGUCCAGGGAUUGCAGAGGAUCUUCUACCUGAAGCUGGAGGACCUGGUGCCCGCGCCAGCUCUCAUCGAGAACAUGUUCGUCACCACAUUGCCCUUCUAGAGGCGAUCAUCAAGCGUAUCAUCACAACUUGCUUCCUUAAACUAGCCCCUAAGUUAUGCCUCCUAGGAUAUACAGAGAAAGGACCCCAUGGGACUAGCUUUAGUAGAACCCUGAAAUAAAUAAAUCUCACAACAGAAAAAAACAAAACCGAACCGAACAGAAAUGAAGCGAAUCGCAGACCCAGGCCAUAUCCUUAGUGUAGAGCUAGGUAGUUAGCCGGACAGCCCCGGCUCCUUCGAUAAUUACGGACAUGAAUAUUUGAGAGGGGGUUUCCAGUGCACAGCCUAUGGCUCCUGCGUGACUCGUCAGCACCGCGAGCUCCAACUUGUUGACGUUAAUUGUUAAAUUGUUUAAUUUCAACUGUCAAAACCGGAAUCAACGGCCGGCCACGCAAUGGCAACACUUUUUAUCUCGGACUUCGAAGCCUGGUCAACAUUCGGCACUACGGACGGAGAAACAACGGACAGGGACAGAACUCACUCUUGCUCUCUUGCCUUUUGCUAACUUCUAGUCAAUUGAUUUAGGCGAAUCAAAUAAAUAAAUAAAUAAAAUAAGGGCGCGCAGCAGUAGUGUUAUAUAAUUUAUAUGCCAGACCCCGGCGGUUCUCUUCACGGAAAUCCUCCAAUGAGUUGCACAAAUUGGGAUAAAGUACGAUAGCCUAUUAUUCUUAGAUUUCUUUUAAAAGCUCGAA